AUGUUCGGGAUCAACUGUGCUCCCGAGCUGUUUCAGAAGAUUAUGGAACAAAUCUUGAGUGGGUGCGAAGGUUGCGUAAACUUCAUAGAUGAUAUAAUUGUACACGGACGUGAUCAGCAGGAACAUGAUAUUCGUUUGGAGAAAAUUCAUCGAAAACUACAAGAGUCAAACGUUAAGCUGAACGAUAGUAAAUGUGUAUAUGGAGUAACUCAGCUAAAAUUUUUGGGUCAUAUCCUUUCUGCUAGCGGGAUCAGACCUGAUACAGAUAAACUUGAGUCAAUUCGUAAUUUUCGAGCGCCAUGUUCUAAAGAAGAAACUCGAAGUUUUCUGGGCUUAGUCAACUAUGUAGGAAAAUUUAUUCCAAACUUAGCCACUUUAACGGAUCCUCUUCGGCAGCUGACUAAACAACAAAACAAGUUCACUUGGAACAGCGAUCAUCAAGUCGCUUUCGAUAACUUGAAAAGGUAUAUGACGAAUCCGGUAACAUUAGGUUACUUUGACGACGAUGAUCAAACUCAAUUAAUCGCUGAUGCCAGUCCAGUUGGCCUAGGGGCAGUCCUCAUUCAAAUUAACGAUCGGGGUCCAAGAAUAAUUUCAUAUGCGAGUCGAAGUUUGACGGAUGUCGAAAGACGAUAUGCUCAAAUCGAGCGAGAGGCUUUAGCAUUGGUAUGGGCGGUUGAGCGGUUCCAUUUUUAUUUGUACGGUCGUUCGUUCGAAUUAAUCACAGACCAUAAACCACUGGAAACUAUAUUUAGUCCACGAUCAAAACCCUGUGCCAGGAUCGAAAGAUGGAUGGUGCGGUUAUUGGCAUAUAAAGGAAAAGUUAUUUAUCGACCGGGAAAAACUAACAUAGCUGACCCGUUAUCACGAUUAGCAGUUACUUCUAACGAGGUUAGCAAGGCUUUUGAAGAGUACACGGAACAUUACGUGAAUUGGGUAGCUGCAAAUGCUGCCCCAGUUGCUUUGAAAAUGGGGGAGAUUGAGCAAGAAUCUGAGGCAGACGGCCAAAUCGAAUCCGUCAGAAAUGCAUUACAGCAAGGCACAUGGAGUGAAAAUGCAGCUGCCUUCAAACUAUUUGAGCCCGAACUAUGCUUCGCUGGAAAAAUAUUGUUGCGCGGAACCCGUAUAGUUAUGCCUCAGAGUCUAAGGAUGCGAACACUCGACUUGGCACAUGAAGGUCAUCCGGGUAUGACGUUGAUGAAACAGCGACUCAGAGCUAAGGUGUGGUGGCCAAAACUAGAUGCACACGUUGAGAAAUACAAUAAAAAUUGUCGAGGUUGUACGUUAAUAGCAGCGCCCGCAGCACCUGAGCCAAUGAAACGAAGAGAUCUACCAUCUGGGCCUUGGCAGCACUUAGCAGUCGACUACCUUGGUCCACUUCCAACGGGCCACUAUUUAUUUGUAGUGGUUGACUACUUCAGCCGUUAUAUAGAAGUUGAGAUCAUGAAAAAAAUUGACUCCGGUGAAACAAUAAAACGAUUGGCUUCAAUUUUCGCUCGAUUUGGUAUACCAAUUUCCGUCACAGCCGACAAUGGGCCACAAUUCACUAGUGAUGAAUUUCAAGAUUAUUGUAUGUCGAAUAACAUCAAAUUGAUAAACACUACUCCGUAUUGGCCCCAGCAAAACGGUGAAGUGGAACGGCAAAACCGAUCAAUUUUGAAAAGGCUUUCUAUCAGUCAGGCUACAAACACGAACUGGGAAAGUGAAUUAAAUAGGUACUUAUUGAUGUAUCGAUCUUCACCACACUCGACAACGGGAAAAACACCUUCUGAAAUGCUAUUCGGUUAUAAUAUCCGUGACAAAUUGCCUUCCAUACAUCAACCAAUGGAAGUCGAUGAAGAGAUAGUUGAUAAAGAUAAAACGAAAAAGGAUAAAGGAAAAAUGUAUGCUGAUCAACGGCGGAAUGCCAGACUAAACACCAUAACCGAGGGAGAUGAGGUGCUGCUAAAACAGAUGACCAAGAAAAACAAACUAACGCCGAAUUUCAGUCCAGAGGUCUUCAAAGUGAUCAAAAGAACAGGUGGAGACGUACUGGUUGCUUCAGAAGAGUCGGGAGUAAAAUAUCGCAGACAUGUGUCGCAUUUACAGCGCAUAAACAAGGAUAACGAAAACUUUAGCUCUGAUUUGGAUACAAGCAAUCUAGCAUCAUCCUCGAGAAUAUCUUGUAGCAAUGAAGAUAACGCUCCGAGAUCUACGCCGGUCUUAGAGCCUAGAACUAAAAGGGCGGCAAGACAACCAGUAUAUUUGCAGGACUAUGUAUCUGACGUUUAA